AUGGAAGCUGCUACUCAGACUGAAGAGAUAAUAAUGAAAAACUUUUGGCAACAAACGGACGAGGAGAAAGGAGAAUGGGUGGAUAAUGAUCAGGAAAUAGAGAUGGUCGAAAAAAAGACAAUAGAACAAAAAAAUAAAAAUCCAAAAAUAAUAGUGGUUCUUUAUCCCGUUGUGUCCAAGAAAAAGACACAAAAUAUGCAAACACAAACUAAAAAAACGAACAGCAAGGAUAAAGGAGUACAAACGAUAUGGAAACUUGUCCACAUUGACAUAGAAAGGAAAUCUGACCGAGAACGACUAGAGAAAUAUGUAAAGGAGUGCCAAUUUACUAAGAUCCGCGAAGAAUUCUCAGUUCCACAGCUUUUAUCACCCAUAAAGGAUCUGAAAGAAGAAUCGAUACAAGAACGACGAUGUGAAGAAAAAAAACAAAGAGAGUGUUACGCAAAACAGAUAGAUGAGGACAUGGGAAACAAAUGGAAAAAUUGGAACGUGAACGAAUUCAUAUUAGAUGGUGAAGAGGAAAAUCAAAAAGAAAACAUACAAGUAAAAGAAAAACGGAAAUUACAACUAGAAGAAGAGAGUCAAACAAUAAAACACAAAAACAAAAAUACGGAAAAAAGACCACGAGCGCGACUUCUAAAAAAGGAUCUGGAUACCUUAAACAAGGAAAGAUGGGUUAAUGACGAGGUGGUAAACGCGUAUUUCGAGAUGAUUGAAGAACAAGGAAAAGGACGAGUAUACGUGAUGAAUACGUUUUUUUUUCCACGAUUGGUGUUGUCGGGCUAUCAAUCAGUCAAGAGGUGGACGAAACGGCGACCAAUAAUAAAGUACACCGAGGAUAAAAUUAGCCAACCAGGAAUUUUAGAGCAAACGAAGGUUCGAGAUCUUAAUAAGCGAGCGAGCCCGCCAAAUUAUUAUGAUUAUUUCGCGUUGUUGUAUCGGCCCAGUAUAAAAAGGCAUCGAGAGCGAGUCUCGGUAGCCAGUCUUGCCCUCAUCACGCUUGACUCGCUUCCGCACGCCGAUCUGAGACUGAGCAACUCAGAUCCGCACACGCAAUUUACCAGCCGAUUCUGA